AUGACAUUCGAAUCGGGCACAGAUGCGCUGCAUGCCGUUCAAGACUAUGCGCUUGCUCACGGGAAGGCGGUCAAGGUCAAGCAACGCAGCGGAAUGCAUCGGUUGAUUGGCUUCUACCGGAAGCGGCGGGCUGAUAAGACGUACGGGCCGUGGUACAUAUCGUCCAUGAACACGGAGCAUGUAAACUGUGUGUCCAGCGCCAACCCAACCAGGCGCCAGAUUGCCGAGCUCCCAACUUUCGAAAGCGCGGUUAGAGCUGACUACACCAUCUCAGCACCAGCGUUGGCAGAGCAGGUUCAGCACAGAGACGGCAUUUCUCUUCAGAAGAAACGAAGAACUCUCUACCGAGCCCGCGAAGCUGUUCAUGAACUUAGUUCGAAGGAUCUUGCUCGAUCGUACGAGAAAAUACCCAGCUACCUGGCGCAAUUUGCUGCACUGAAUCCCGGAAGCGUCGCCGUGGCCGAACGAGACCAGCAAGGCCAUUUCAAGCGAGCAAUCAUUGUUGUGAAGGUAUUCGCCGACGCUGUUGCCGCACGCCAAACCGUUCUUGGCAACUAUACGUGGUUUUUCUCGAUGUUGAAGCAGAAUGGGUACGACUUCACGGGGGUUCCUAUGUUCUGUGAUCGCAGUAGAGCUCUAAUAUCAGUUGCUCUCGAGAUGGGACUCAAUCUCAAGUACUGCACCCUUCACAUCAUCCGGAAUCUACUCGCUCGUUUUCGUAAGUUCACGCACGGGCACAAGAAGCUGAUAUGGGCCUUGCAAAGCGCGGAGACGGAAGACCUCUACUCAAGUCGCCUGGCGUGGAUUGGCCUUGAGUUGGGCCCAGACGUCGAAACGUACCUGUCUGAUAUUCCAACCAAGAAGCUUGUGCUGACCCCUUCCGCCGAGAAGUUGCACUGUAAAGAAAGCUCGAAGAUUGGGCAAUACGCUGUUCAACAAGCCUCACCUGAAGUGUACUACGAUCGAACGUGCACGUGCGCUCGCAUGGAUCAGAUGGGAAUGCCUUGUCGACACCUCAUCGCUGUUCUUGAAAGUUCUGAGAUUUUCUCGAUCGUAAAAACAGAAUAUUCAACAUCCCCGCUGGCCAAUCGCAGCCUGUCCUGA